GUUUGGGUCCUCCUGUGCUGUGUGCAUGCUGCCCGCUGUCAGUAACCUUCUGUGCGCUAGUUAUGGGGACACAGAAAGCGCUGAACGAGCAGAGCCUGACUAGUGAGACCGACACGGGCAGGAGGGAAGAGAAAUUGUUUCUUAUUAAAGGUGGGAUUUUCCUUGGCAUGGUUGCAACUGCAGGAAUGUUUGCUGGUUUCGGCACAACACUGUCUCUAGCAAAAAAGAGGAGUCCCAAUUGGUUUAAUAAGGGUGUCGCUGCAACAGCUACGCUGCCAGAAAGUGGCUCUUCACUUGCUCUGCGAGCUUUGGGAUGGGGGUCUCUUUAUGCUUGGUGUGGUGUGGGAUUAAUCAGUUUUGCAGUAUGGAAAGCACUCGGGGUGCACAGUCUUAAAGACUUCAGGGAGAAAAUGCAAACCAUAUUUCCAACUGUGUCAAAAGACCCAGAGCACCAGCCUACGUCGGAAUUUAGCUUUGAAGAUCUUUUGAAAUCCAAGUGAACUCCUGGAAUGCUAGCCAUUGAUCUAUAACAAAAAAUGUCGGAGAAUGACUGGUACAGAGAAGGCAAAUAUUGUGUCUUGUCAGAUACAGAAAUUUGGAAUAUGCACCUAUAUUAGGUAACAGUUGUCUCUCAGCAUUAAGGUGAUGGUUCAUUACAUUAUAUUAUUAUUUCUGAUAUUUGGUCAUAGUUUUUUGUUGUUUUUAAUGUAAUAUAUGCACACAAUGUUCCCUCUAAUUCCUUCUCAGCUAUGUGUGUAAAAUAAUUCUUCUGAGCGCACAUUUUAAACUUGCGUGCACAUAUUUACUGUUUUCACAUAAAAUUCUUUGUGCGCCCACAAUUUGUUGUGUGCACUUGCCCCAAAAUUUGUGUGUGCUCACGAGUGCACAGCUUAAAGGGAACAUUGUAUGCAUGUCAGUGUAACAAGCUUUUGCUUAGCUCCAGAGUCCUAUUACAGCAUUCAUAUACUGUAAAUAGGUACAUUGACAUGAAUGCACCUAUAAUCGUUCAAAUUUGCCUUAAAGGAACAGUUCAGUGUGAAAAUAAAAACUGUGUAAAUAGGCUGUGCAAAAUAAAAAAUGUUUCUAAUAUAGUUAGCCAAAAAUGUAAUAUAUAAAGUCCAACCUGUCACUAGCCUCCACUGUCACUAGCCAAGAAGAGUCUUUCCACUCAGUCUGGUACUGCUGCUCUCUCCACGGCUACGGGACAAAUCAAAAUGGCGGCUACUGGGCUGCAGCACUGCACUUGUGGCACAGCAAGGAUUCUUUCAGGACUGAAGUCUCAUCUCGCGAGUCUUGUGACGUCAUGGCUAAGAAGUGCCGUUUAAACUACUGGCAGGUCGCAGUCUACCAGGAACAUUACCGGAAUCUACUGGUAGACCGCGAUCAACGUCCUUGGCACCCCUGCCCUAAAGCUUGCAUCUAGGAUUGGCACCUGUCUAGUUUUCACUCGGACAGACUGGUUUUUAUUUUCAAGUGAGGAAAUCCAGACAGGGCUCUGAAGUCUUCACACAUCACUGCCCCCAUCCAGAAUUAUGGGAUUGAAAAGGUGUCAACCCUGUUUGCAACACACUGAAUAAUUCCCUUAUUAUAUAACGUGCUGCCCCCAUGCAGUUAUUUUACAUGCGGGAUAAGCACAGUAAAUACAAAUAUACAUAUAUGGGAGCCAAUGGAAUGAGUGAGUAGACUGCACAAGAAAGGAAAGUGCUCUGUCUAAUUUAUUUUUGGAUCAGUAAUAUUCCAUAUACUCCAAAAUUGGAAAAAAAAACAGACAAUAUGAUUUUAUAUAACAUGAUCACACAACGGUUAUUCCCAACAUUUGGUAAUGUGCCCCACUCAGGGUUCUGUGGUCAGGGAUGUUGCUUGGUCAUAAACCAAAAAGCUUUCUGAGGUGCUAUGAUUGUGAAUAUAGUGUGAAAAUAUAUAUAUUCUUGACAAUAGAGUUCGUUGUACUAUGUACAGUGCAUAGUAACCCCCUUGGAAGUUGGAAGUUCUUAUGUUAUAUUGUCAUAGAACAGUGAAUCUUUUUAUUUUUAGGAAUUAAGAUUAUUUCUAAAAUGCAAAA